AUGUUGGAACAUGCAUUUGAUACGAGAAAUUACAACGAAUGUACAGAAAAGGAUAUCGAGAAUAUCACGAUGAGAAUAAUACGUUGUGUUUUAUGUCACACGAGAACUAUACGAUUCAUCGAUAACAUAAAUUCGACAUUUAAAACAAGUAUAAUAAUUCACUUGAUACUUGGAUUUAUGAUGAUUUUGAUUGCGUUCAUUCAAGUAUUUUCUGUGGAAGAUAUUGGCAAAAAUAAAAGGGAAUUUUUCAUGGCGCUAUUCUAUAUGAUUACUAUCAUUCUAUGGGUGUCUCUUUUUUCUUACAUCGGACAAAUGUUACUGAAUAAAAGCGCUCAGAUAUUGAAUAAAGCUUACAAUUCGAUGUGGUAUUUGGCGCCGUACAAGAUGCAACAAUUGUUGUUAAUUAUUAUGAUUAGAUGCGACAAAUUGUCGGCUCUGAUUAUCGGACAAACGUUUGUGACGUUCUUGGAAUUGACCACAUCGAUAUUACAGAACGCGAUAUCUUAUGCUAUGGUCAUACGUUCUAUUCGUUGA